AUGACUGGAUACGGCAGCAACCCAGAGUCCUGCACUGGCGAGCCUGUACUCGUUGGAGUCACUGGCGAUGCAUGUGGUACAUGCUCCUCAACCAACAUCCCACUGUACGAUCUGUCAUGUCACAAAUCUGACGACUUCUACUGCCGCGACUGCCUCACAAAGAUGUGGAACAUGGUCGACGACGAAAUUGUCCGCUGCCCCUCCUGCAGCAACGGCUGCCAUUUCCUGCCCCUCCAGCUCAUCCAAGACUUUGAGGGCAUCAACCACGAAUUCCUCGAAUUUCAGGCCUUUGACAAGAUCCGCGAACAGCCCGAGGUCAUGAACAACCUGAUCGCCUUCACCGCCGCCGAGGCAGUCACCUUCCUCGACGUCACCUACGGCUACUUCGACGACCAGAUCCUCAACACCGUCGAGCUCGGCGGCCUGCCAUCCUACCUGUCCGCCGGGACGCAUGAGAUCUUCACUGCGAAUCCAUACUACAUGGCGCUCAAGGAGGAGCUUACUUCUGUAUCGAAGAUGAUGGCUACGCCCUUGGAGCUGGAGGAUGAUUUGAUGCUAGUCUUGAACAACACUAUUGUCCGUGACACGAGGUUCAAGUACGCGGAUCAUCUGGACAUGCAUGACAUUGACUUGCAGAACGACGCUGCUAUCCUCUGGGAGGCGACUAACACUUUUGAGGAUCUGAACACUAUUAGGGAGAACUGGGUUGGCAUGAUUAGGAUGUGGGUUGACUUGCUGGCUUGGAGGCAUCUCGAGCGGGUUGCGUCUGUAGAGGGCGGAGCGGCUGAGCGCACGAGGGAGCCCUUGUCGUUUGCUAAUAUGAUGUAA